AUGACGCGAACAAGCACCUACAAUGUCCUCGUGGGCGCGACAGUAGCGGUCGGUAGCUUCACAUAUGGGUUUGGAUUUGCUGCCUUCGCGACUAGCGUUGGCCAACCUGGGUUUUACGAAUACUUCAAUCUCACCACCGUUGGACCUGGGGCAGCUUACACGAACCAUAUUCUCGGCGCGGUCAACGCUCUCUUCUUCUUUGGCGCCUGUGUCGGAGCCAUUGGGGCUGGUCCGCUUGCUGAUAAGAUUGGGAGAAAAUGGACUCUGUUCACGGCCGCGCUCAUCUCAGUUAUCGGAGGCGCAUUAGCUGCAGGGAGUGUUCAUGUAGCUAUGCUCAUCGUAGUCCGAGUCAUUCAAGGAUCAGGGCUUGGUGCGCUUGCGACUAUGGUCCCUAUAUAUCUCGCCGAAGCCUCUACUCCUUCCAAACGAGGCAUGCUUACAGGCCUGCACGGCUUCUUCCUUGUCUCCGGUUACAACAUAUCGGCUUGGGUGGGCCUGGGAUGCCACUUCUCCAAAGACCUGACAUUUGGAUGGCGAGGUCCAAUUGCAUUCACAUGCGUCCCUCCUAUCAUCCUCCUGAUUGGCUGCAUUUGGAUCCCAGAAUCUCCUCGAUGGCUUAUUGCCAACAAUCGAGUGGACGAAGCGUGGAAGGUCCUGAGUCGAUUGCAUAGCGAUGCUAACGACGUCGAUGAGAUGGCUGCUCACGAAGAGUUCUAUCAGAUGACCCGACAGAUCGAAUUUGAGUCUAGUACACCUGGUGGAUACCUGGAGAUCUUGAGGAACCCUCGUUACCGCAAACGAGCCUUUUUAUCUUGCUUUAUACAGCUUGCGGCGAACUCGACUGGUGCUUUGGUCAUAAAUUAUUACAGUGUUAUCAUCUACGAGAACCUUGGACUGACAGGAUACAUGCCUUUACUGAUGUAUUGCAUAUACACCUUGAUCGGAGCGCUGGGCAACCUCUUCUCUCUACUUACUAUUGAUCGAACUGGUCGCAGAUUUGCACUCCUCACUGGAUUCUCUGGGUGUCUAGUAGCUGUAGUCUUGGAAACAGCCAUGGUCGGCCGAUUCGUUACCAGUUCAACACCGAACAAGGACGGUCAGAAAGUCGCGAUCUUUGCCAUCAUGUUCUUCGUCUUCUUCUAUGGCCUGUUCAUCGACGCCGCCUCAUUCAUCUACAGCAGCGAAGUCUAUCCGACAAACAUUCGCUCACGCGGCGUAGCCAUGGCAACUUUCACCUAUUUUGCAGCUUGUAUCACAUAUGUGACUCCAGGAGCUACCGCCAUUGCGAAUAUUGGAUAUAAGUACUUUAUUGUCUUCAUCUGCCUUACGGUGGUGACUAUCAUUGUAGUUUUCUUCUACUACCCUGAAACUAAGGGCAAGAGUCUGGAAGAGUUGGCAGAGCUGUUUGGAGAUCCCGUCGUCGUGCAUUUGACAGAUGCAACUGAUGAGCAAAAGAUGGAGAUGGAUUUGGAUAUUAAGAAUCAGCUCAUUGCGGAGCAUCGGGAGGACGUGGAGUAG